CCUCUCACAGAGGACGGCGCCUGGGGGGCGUGGUCGGAGGCCGCGCCCUGCUCGGUGACGUGCGGGCUGGGCGUGGUCACGCUGCGGCGCGCCUGCGACGCCCCGCCCCCUCGGCACGGCGGCCGCGGUUGCCAGGGCAACAGCACCCGGCGGGAGCUCUGCGGGCCCCACGGGGCGUGUCCCGAGGUGCAGCACUGGGGGCCAUGGGGCGCGUGGACCCCCUGCGAGCAGCGGCCAUGGGGUGACAUGAGCUGCCAGCCUAUGGUGGGGCGGCAGCGGCGGACGCGGCAAUGUGUGGGGCUGAGAGCCGGGGGCCCCCCCUGCCCCAUAGAAGACGGGGUCAGCACCAUCCAGCUCCGGGCCUGCUACAACGUCCAGCACUGCCUGCUGCCCGGGAACUGGUCAGACUGGAGCCCAUGGAGCCUCUGCACCCCCCCAUGUGGGGCCAGCCCCACACGGACGCGCAGCCGGGAAUGCCUGCCCACCUUCCCCUCCUAUCCGCCGACCGUGACCUCGCUGGGCUCCCCCACCCCCAUCAACGUCACCUUUUGGGGGGCUCCGCGGCCGCGCUGCCCCCCCCUGGCCGGGCAGCACCUGCGGGUGGAGGAGGGGCGGCCCU